ACUCUUGAAUUGCAAAUGUACUUCUAAAGUUAAGUUGUGUUUCUUUCGACGUGCAAUGGAGCCCCUAUUUCGUUUAACGUCCCAGUUUAUGGAAAGUCAAUAUGCAAUUGCACCGGUGACCGAAGGGGACGAAAAACAACACCGAAGUCAGUUCUCGCAUAGUGGGACAGGGUCCGGGGCAUCCGAUUUUUCUAAACGCCUCAACGUGUGCGUGGUCUGUUUCUAUCUCGCGGGAUUGUUGUUUGGGACAAAGUAGCAAUUACUCCAGUAUAGGACAUUGCGGGAAUGCGUUUGAUGUCUGUUCUUCUUCUUGUCUCCCUCCAUUUGCUCCGCCCUCCGGGGGAAGUUCUAGCCUGUGAUCAAGGAACAUUCAAACGUGCUGCCGCGAGAUGCUUUAACUGCGGUAAGCGGUCCGGCGUUCACGUCUCGCAACGGUCAUUUGGGGUUUUAAGAAUGGGAAGUAAACUAUUCCAAGACAGGAUGUGCAAUCUGUUUUGAACAACCCCUUUGAGGAGUGGGCUGCGGGGGAGGUGUAGAAUUGAGACGCCUCUCCAAUUUGGGAUUGUAGAAGAAGAACGCUCGGCCAGAAGUGAUUCUGCUUAAUUUUUUCAGAAUAUGUACCCCCCUUGGGGACCCCUCCUGGUGCUGCUGGCUGCGUGGGCGGCUGGAGAGGCCCCGUCGACCCCCCCGACCCCCCCGCUCAGCUCCAACGAGGUCCUGAAGUUCCAGGAGAGGGAACGCACGGAGGAGCAGAACCUUGUGACUGAGAAUGGCAUCGGAAAUCUUGAAAGCACGCAGAAUGAGGGAACCACAGCCCGCUGGCCUGUAUCUCCAUCUCCCUCCUCCAUCACAGUGUCCCCGGUCCCAGUGCCGACCCCUCUGUGCCCGGGGGACCAGGUGGCGCUUGGGGGCGGGGCGGGCUGUGGCUGCCCUGCAGGCCUGACGAAAGAGGGGGAGAGGUGCGUCUGCCCUGCAGGCUUUAAACAGCAGGGGGCGGCGGAGUGCCAGGAUGUGGACGAGUGUGCUGGGGAGGGGCGGAACGCCUGCGGUCUCCAUGCCAACUGUACGAACACGGCCGGCUCCUUCACGUGCAGCUGUCACCGUGGUUACCUGAAGGGCCCUGUCGGAGAUUGUCAGGAUGUGGACGAGUGCAGCUUUGAGGAGCAGUGCCGUCGGGAGUUUGGGAACGUCUGUGUCAACAACCCCGGGAGCUUCAUCUGCCAGUGCCAGCCUGGGUUCAGAGCGCAGACACCGGCGUGUGUGGGUCCUGUGUGUCCAGAUUACAGAGUGUGUCAAGAUGUAGACGAGUGCAAGGAGAGCCCGGAUGUGUGUGCUGGUCAGGGUGUGUGUGAGAACACUCUGGGGAGCUACAAGUGCGUCUGUGAGCUGGGCUACAGAGGAAAUGGCACCCACUGCGAAGAUGAGAACGAGUGUGCCUCCGGUCGUCAUGGCUGCGACCCCAACGCUCGCUGCGGGAACGUCGUGGGCUCCUACUUCUGCCAGUGCUACCAGGGCUACAGCGGAGACGGCUACUCCUGCUUCGACGUGGACGAGUGCGCCCUGAACAACGGGGACUGCCAGCAGGGCUGCGGCAACCAGCUCGGGGGCUACCGGUGCCUGUGCCAGCCCGGGUACCAGCUCUCUCUGGACCGACACAACUGCACAGAUGUGAACGAGUGCUUGUCUCAGAAUGGGACGUGCGAGCAGAACUGCACCAACACGCGCGGCUCCUUCUUCUGCUCCUGUCUCCCUGGUUACCAGCUGCACAUCGACGGUCACAGCUGCGUGGAUAUUGAUGAGUGUAAGUUGCAGCGGGGGGGCUGUUCCCAUGGCUGCACUAACACCCCUGGGGGGCACAUCUGUCACUGCCCCCACCCUCUGCUCCUGGACCUGGACCAAACCACCUGCGUCAACGUCACGUCAUGUGACCUGCGGAACGGAGGCUGUGCGCACGCGUGCGCCGUGCGUUCCGAGGGGCGUGUCCACUGCAGCUGCAAGGCAGGCUGGGAGCUGGGCGAGGACCAGAGGAGCUGUCUGGACGUGGACGAAUGCGCCGACUUCACCAGCGGCGGCUGCCAGCAGGUGUGUGUGAACCACCCCGGCACCUUCAACUGCACCUGCCGGGAGGGGUACCAACCCCGCAGCGAUGCCCCCGCCCAGUGCACCCCUGUGUGUGACCCCCCCUGUCAGAAUUAUGGGGUGUGUGUGGCCCCCAACUCCUGUGACUGCCCUGCUGGCUACCCUGGACCUGGAUGCUCAGCCAUGUGCUCUCCGCCCUGUGCUCAUGGCGGUACCUGCAUGCGCUGGAACAUGUGUCUGUGCCCACCUGGCUGGACUGGACCCGGCUGCCAUACAGCGGUGUGUGAGCUUCCCUGUGCUAACAGUGGCCGCUGUGUGGGUCCUGGCACCUGUCAGUGCCCGUCUGACUACACUGGACCUCAGUGCCUAACCCCCCUCUGCACGCCACCCUGUCAGAGCGGAGGCAGGUGUGUCGAUGUCAACAAGUGCACCUGCAGCGGGGGAUGGCAGGGCGCUCGGUGUCAGAUAGAGCCGGUGCGCUGCCAGACAGGGUGUAAGAAUGGCGGAGUGUGUGUGGGGCUCAACAGGUGUCGCUGCACCAGUGGAUUCACCGGGAACCUCUGUGAGACAGCGGUAAUGACGCCCUGCGUGCCGCCGUGCCAACACGGCGCCACCUGCAGCCCUCACAACAAGUGCACCUGUCCCGAGGGCACAGCCGGCCUGCGCUGUGAGAAACUGACGUGCCCGGUGGUGACCACGGUGGUCAGCAUGGCGCGGGCCGUGCGCAAGGGGGUGAGGGAGAGCUACAUGGAUCGCUGUGGACCCCUGGGCGUCCACCUCUGUACCAAGUACAGGAUCAACCAGGUGCGUGUGUACCUGCUGGCCUACCGGGUGGGCUACAGAGUCCAGUGUCCAAAGAAGAAGGGGACAUGAGCACCCCACCACCAAAAAAAAAAACCCCACCUCUCCCCAAAAAUAUGUACUGCUGUUACUCCACGUCACAGAGCACUGACCUCUGUGUGACCCCUGUGUGACCUCCACUGCAUCGAGCCCACUAGCGGGAACCCCGACAGGCUCUCUGUCCAUCUGGACAAAAUGAGCGUUCUGGUGAAGCUGAACACAGACAUGUUACAUCAACCAGCCCCGCCCUGACAGCUGCUUCCUCUCUGAGUCUUAAGUAAAAACAAAAUGGAUGCUUCACCCUUUGGAGAGAGUAGGUUUUUUUUGUAAUGUUUUAUUUUUCUUCCAGUGUGUUCAAGUCAGUGUUGUAGAACUCCUUUCCUUUCACUUAGCAGCACCGAUUGUGACAUCAGCAUUAGAAUGUUCAGUUAAGAACAUUGUAGUCACAUAUUUGCAAAUUUUAUGCCUUAAAGGGUUAAUUCUGCUUGACACACUAUCAUAGAAAAAGGUUCUGAAAUUUUUUUUUGUUUGCUUGUCUAAAUGUAACGAUGAAAGGAAGUAUGUAAUUUACAAUGAAGGUCACUGCACCUGACAACCAGUAUUAGCAAAAUAAAAUGAAAUCCUUGUUUUUUUAA